GCAAGUCUUUUCUGGCUCCUCCUCCAUGUUUUAGACCAAAUAAUUUCCUGGCAUAAAUUCUUAUCUGUUCAGUCUGAAGAUUCACUACAGCUGUGUGUUAAUCUCUUUUAUUAUGGCUUUAGUGGAAACACUUCUCCUGAAUGUCUCCAGCACAGGAGCUUUACUCGCUGCUCUUUUGCUGCUUUUGGUUAUUUAUUUCUGCUUCAAGUCUCCAGAAGAUGACCAAGAACCUCCAGGACCCAAACCACUGCCACUUGUGGGAAACCUGCAUAUUCUGGACCUUAAACAACUUCAUGUGAGCCUCUGGAAUUUAUCCAAGAAAUAUGGGUCAGUAUUCAAAGUUCAUCUUGGACCCAAAAAGAUUGUGGUUUUGGCCGGAUACAAGACGGUUAAACAAGCACUAGUGAACCAGGCUGACGAAUUUGGGGAAAGAGACAUAACACCCAUAUUCCAAGACAUCAAUAAAGUACACGGAAUCAUCUUUACAAAUGGUGAUAAGUGGAAAACCCUGAGAAGAUUUGCUCUCUCAACUCUUCGAGACUUUGGGAUGGGAAAGAAACUGAGCGAAGAGAUAAUUAUUCAGGAGACGCGAUAUCUGCGGGAAGUUUUUGAGACCUUCCAAGGAAAUCCUUUUAAUACAAUCCAGCCAGUAAAUUAUGCCGUUUCUAACAUCAUCUCAGCUAUUGUUUAUGGAAAACGGUUCGAAUAUGAGGAUCCAAAGUUUAACGAAAUGGUUGACAGGGCAAACCAGAUAAUCCGCAUGAUGGGCUCUGCUUCCAUAGAGAUCUACAACGUGUUUCCAGUGCUUAGGCCGUUGCUGAAGACCUGGAGACUGCUAAUGGAAAGUUUGGAGAAAUACCAUGCUGAAAUACAGGUGCUGGUGGAUCGCUUGCGGAAGACUUUAAACCCUCUCGACUGCAGAGGAUUAGUUGAUGCCUUCCUCAUCCAAAAACAAAACUUAGAGAAAUCUGGAGAAAAUAAUUCCCAAUUUAAUGAUCUGAACCUGCUCAUGAUUGUGUCAAACCUGUUUGCUGCCGGUACUGACACCACCGGCACAACGCUACGCUGGGGUUUACUGCUCAUGGCCAAAUAUCCUCACAUACAAGAUCGGGUUCAUGAGGAAAUUGACAGGGUGCUUGAUGGACGUGAACCGGUUACAGAGGACAGGAAGAAUUUACCUUACACAGACGCUGUGAUCCAUGAAAUUCAGAGACUGGUGAAUAUAUUGCCCAUGAGUCUGCCACAUCAAACCAGCUGUGAUGUGAACUUCAAUGGAUAUCUCAUCAAGAAGGGGACGUGUGUUCUGCCACUGCUGUAUUCUGUUUUGAGAGAUGAGAGCGAGUGGGAGACGCCCGAUACUUUCAACCCUGAACACUUCCUGAAUGAGAACGGUCAGCUGAUCAAACGUGACGCCUUCAUGCCCUUCUCUGCAGGUCGCAGGAUUUGUUUAGGAGAGGGUUUGGCCAGGAUGGAGCUCUUUCUGUUCUUCACUUCUCUUCUUCAGUGUUUUCACUUCACUCCUCCACCUGGAGUCUCUGAAGAUGAAUUGGAUCUCACACCAGUUGUGGGUCUCAUAUUGAACCCCUCACCACACAAACUGUGUGCAGUCAGUAGGGCAGGAAAACACAACCUCAGGUUAUAAAUAAAUUUGCAGAAUAACUAGUUCAGUAUAUACCUAAUGAUUCUAAAACAUAAAGACUCUUACAGUGGGUCUAGUGACUUCUUUUUCGAGUGCAAAGCUCAUUGAAACAUGUAUUUAGCCUGUCAUGUGUGUCAAAAUAUGUGUUUGUCUGUCAUGUGAAUCUAUGUGCAUCAUGUGAAAAUAUGAGCUUCCUGCAGACACUUCAAAGGGGUUUAUGAUAAAAGAGACGCUCACGUUUGCCAGAUACGCAUUAAAUUUCAUGUGUAAUCAGAGUUUAGUGUUAAGUUUGCAAGUAUUUUGUAAACAUAAGUGUCUCUUUCUCAUAAACCCUUUCGACGUUUGUGCAGCAGGGAUGUAUUUUUACAAGAAGCACAAUGCACAUAAUUUGAAAUUGCACCAAUCGGAAGAGAAGUCACCGGCUACCACUGGACACUUGUAUCCCAUUAUAAGACUCUUAGACUAUUAUAUUAUCUCAUUAGCUUUUACAUUACACAUAUACAUUCUUUGCCUAAACAUAUUCAAUUGUAUUUCAAGUUGGUGUAAAAAUGUAUAUGCUUUUGAAAUAUAUGCAGAUCAUUUAUGCAUUUGACAAAUACUUGUAUGCAAACUGACUUACAGGGCAUUUAAGCUACACAUUUAUCAGUAUUUGUAUUCACUGGGUAUCAAACCCAUGACCUUCUCGCUGCUAACCCAAUGAUCUAGCAGUUGAGCACAGGAACAUGAUAUUUUUACAAUGAUUAAAUAAAAUACUCUUCAAGAGAAAAUCAACUCA